AUGGCAAAUCCCCAAUCAACAAGCACCGGAAUCUCCCUCCAAGACCUAAAACCAAACCUAGAAGAAAGACCCGCACGAACAACCCAAAAUGACCUCUCAACUACCCCCUCCGAAACAGACAUAAUGCAACAAUCCCUGCUAGCAGACUCCCAAGUCCCAGACGGCGGCGAAGCCUGGGUCGUGAUAUCAGGAUGCGCAGUGGUAACAUGGUGGUUCAUCGGAACCUCCUACUGCUGGGGAAUUCUUCAAGCUGCGCUUGUCAAAGAAGGCGUAUCAUCAUCAUCAACGCUGGCAUUUGUCGGAUCCCUCGCAACGGCAUGCAUCUCUUUCCUGGGUAUUCUAAAUGCGCGCAUUAUCCGUAAACUCGGGACGCGCAGAUCGGCCAUUGCGGGUGUGUUCUUUCUCGGUCUUGGGGAGGUGCUGAGUGGGUUCUCGGCGAUGAAUAUUGGGGGCUUGUUCGCUACGGCUGGGAUUGUUAUGGGGACUGGUAUUAGUCUCUGCUUCAUGGUCGUCUCCGUCACACCGGCGCAGUAUUUCCGAGCCAAGCGCGGAAUCGCGAAUGGCAUCGUCUAUGCAGCGGGUGGACUUGGCGGUGCUGUGAUUAGCUUCGUGAUGAAUGCGCUGCUCGAGCGCGUGGGCGUGCAGUGGACGUUCCGGAUUAUCGGGUUUGCUACUUGGGCCACGGGCUUGCCAGCUGCGUAUUUGAUUAAGCAGCGAGUUCCGAUUCCGCCUUCGGCUGUUGUGGAUUGGCGUCUAUUCCGUGACAUUCGCUUCGUCCUCCUGUUUGCAAUGGGAGCAAUCGCCACAUUCCCCCUCCUAGUCCCACCCUUCUUCCUACCGCUCUUCACAGCUUCACUGGGGAUGUCAUCCGGCACUGGAGCAGGCAUCGUCGCAGCAUUCAAUUUUUCCUCUGCACUGGGUAGAUUACUUUGCGGACUGUGCAGUGAUUUCGUCGGACCGCUGAAUACGCUAUUCAUUUCUCUCCUGCUAAGCGCGCUGAGUAUGCUGAUUAUCUGGCCUAUAUCGGUUUCACUGGGGCCGUUGGUCGUCUUUGUUAUUGUCAACGGUAUGGCGAAUGGAGGCUUCUUUUCAACUAUGCCUACCGUUGUUGGAAAUACAUUUGGCUCGGCGAGGGUGUCUGUUGUUAUGGGGAUGGUUGUGACGGGUUGGGCUGGGGGGUAUUUGCUUGGCGCCCCCAUUGCCGGGUUUAUCCUCGAUGCUGCUGGCGGGGAGAAUAAGGGUAUUACAGGGUACCGUCCGGCUAUUUUCUAUGCUGGUGCAAUGGCUCUUGUUGCUUCUAUUAUUGGGCUUUCUAUUCGGCUGAAGACUGAUAUGAAGCUGCUCAAGAAGCUCUAG